CCCAGGCGAGUCAGGCAGGCAGGCGGUGAAGAGAUUCGCAUCCGCAUUUUCCUGUGGAUAACUGGACGGCCGCAGUGACGCAGCCUUGCGACCCUCCCGCCUCCGUAGUUUGCCAAACCAUCAAAGACAAUGUCCAAACGAAGGCGUUCGCCUAGUCCCAACUCACCAACCAAAAGCCGCUCGUCUUCGAAAAUGGAGCAAGGCUACUUCAACUUACGCAGACGCUCACCUGUCUCUCUUAUCGCUUUCUACGAUGGUACUGGCAAAGACAUUAAAGGACGAAGCCUAGCAGAGAUUUUGCAAUGGCCAGCCAGCAGACUCGAAUCAUGCCACGACUAUAUCCAAACCCUGUUUCCUCUACCAGAGAAGUCUGCAUUCAAUGACCCCGCGCCAAUCAUUGACAAAGAGGUCUUUGAAGCUUUUCGCACGCGCAUGGAGUUGAGGGGUAGGAUGAGAGACUCUUUCGAACGGAUAAUGUGGUUCUAUGGAUUUCAGCUUCAGAGAGACGCCAAUGGCAAGUUGGAGGUUUGCCCUGGUCCUAAUUUUCCCAAACAUUCCCGACACUGGCACACAGGAUUUAACCACAACCACCUCCGUAUUACACGAAUCAUCCGGUCUCUUCGUGUUCUCGGUCUAGAGGAGGAGGCCCUUGCGUUCUAUAAUGCCGUUGCUGGUGCCAACAAAAUCAGUCCGAAGUCCCGUAUGUUCUGGGCAAGAGCGGCACAUAGACCUUUGAAUAUACCACCCGACCUCGACGAAGAGGAUGCUGAUGAAGCGGAUGAACGACUUGGGCCGAAAUUCUUGUGGGAUUUUGAACAGAAGCAGAAAGCGGAGGAUAAGGCGAGGGAAGAAGCACAAAAUAAAACGAAGGCAGGGGUUCAAGAGGGAGCUUCUGGAGCCGUAACAGAGGAGACAGGUAGACGGGCAGAUGCCAUCGAUGAGACUGACCAAUCGCCGGAGACGGUGUCUGAAAAAUCCAAGGACAACAAAGCAGGUAGCAUCCCUUCAGUUAAGGACGAUGAGGAUGAUAACUCUUGAACAACGCUCGGAAACGGGAAACUGAAUCGCAACGGAUCCAGAGUUUAAUAGCAAGUUGGAGUUGGGGGACGGUGAAAACAAAGGUAAGCCAGAGCAUGAUGCUCAGUAUCCACCUGAAAGAAAUGGAGAGGAACAAGGGGAAUAAGCUGGAAAACAGAAGUUCGGAUGAGCCACCUCCUAGCUAUGAAGAACCUAUC